AUGAACACCCAUCUAAUCGUUUUCUUAGAAGUGUUCACUAUAUUUCUCGUCGUACGAUCAUCAGUAUCAACAAAAGACGGGCCGUCUUAUGAUUAUUCAGGCUAUACUGAGUGCAAAAGUGAGCCAGAAGCUCCGCUUUACAAUGGUGGGAUCAUCAAUAACCAACCUCAGUCGAUUUCAUCAACAUAUGUGUUACCAAAUCUCCCAGGCAACACAAUCUACUCAUUCUCCAGUUGGGUGAAGAUUGAUAGCUCUAAUGCGACUGCAAUCAAGGCGAGCCUAACACUAGAGAAUGAUAACGAGAUGUGUGUUGGAAAUGUGGUUGCGAAAAGUGAUUGUUGGUCAUUUUUAAAAGGCGGAUUUGUACUUGAUUCACCAUUGACUAAUGCUACCGUUUAUUUUCUGGAUUCCCAUGGUGAUAGAAUCAACGUUACGCUUGCAAGCACUUCAUUGCAACCUUUUACGCAUCAACAAUGGCAAAAGGAUCAAGAGAACUCUAUUGACAAAGAAAGAAAGCGUGCAGUAACAAUCCAUGUAUCCGAUGUGAAUGGAACAAUGAUCAAAGGAGCUAAAGUUGUUGUUCAGCAAUCUUCACGAGAUUUCCUCUUUGGUUCGGCCAUAUCCAAGACAAUUAUAGGAAACUUACCGUAUCAGAAAUGGUUCCUAGCAAGAUUCAAUGCGGCUGUUUUUGAGAACGAGCUAAAAUGGGCUGAAACUGAGCCCGAACAGGGGAGGGUCAACUAUACCAUACCUGAUUUGAUGCUGGAUUUCGUGAGAGCUAACCAGAUCACAGUUAGAGGGCAUAACAUAUUUUGGGAAGAUCCGAUAUAUAUCCCUUUGUGGGUCCAGAACCUAACCGGUGAUGCACUAGAUUCAGCUGUCAAGUCACGCAUACAAAGCCUAAUGACUCAUUACAAAAACCAAUUUGUCCAUUGGGAUGUUUCAAAUGAGAUGUUACACUUUGACUUUUACGAGCAACGCCUAGGUCAAAACGCCUCAUUGGAAAUGUUUGAAAUGGCACAUGAAACUGACCCAUUGGCUAUGCUGUUUAUGAAUGAUUUUAAUGUGGUGGAGACAUGUGCUGAUCUCAACUCUAGUGUCGCGGCAUAUGUUUCUAGGAUGAAGGAGAUCGAGGAGGGCGGGGUUACAAUGGAUGGAAUCGGGUUAGAAGGCCAUUUUUCAACCCCAAACCCUCCAUAUAUUAGAGGUGCAUUGGACCAGCUUGCUACAUUGCAACUUCCUAUUUGGCUUACUGAAGUUGAUAUAUCAAACACCAUUGAUCUAGUUACUCAGGGGAAGUAUUUAGAGGUGGUGUUAAGAGAAGUAUAUUCACACCCAUCAGUAAAUGGAAUAAUGCUAUGGACUGCAAUGGAUCCAAAUGGCUGCUACCAAAUGUGUCUAACAGAUUCUAAUUUUCAGAACCUACCUGCUGGGGAUGUUGUGGAUAGAUUAUUAUUGGAAGAGUGGUCAACCGGGAUAGUCAAUGGUCAAAGUGAUGAAGAUGGGACUUUUAGCUAUAAUGGGUUCCUGGGUGAGUAUAUGGUCAAUGUUGAACUUGAAAACAGGAAUUUUAACUCGACAUUAUUCAUCUCUAAAGGAGAUGAGACCAUCCAUUUUAGUAUUCAAAUAUAA